UCCUUUGUAGUUAAUUGUUAGAUGUGUUUUUCUUAAUGAUAAUCUUGGCGCGCAAAACGAAGUUUGGAAAACGAAAUUAGAUUGUAUUGUACUGCGAUCAUUCUCGGUAGGAUUUCGAUCCUGACUUUCUCUUAAGCUCAGAAAUAGGAAGUAUCAUAAGGCCAAACGCGUGAUGAACAGGGCCAAGAAGGCUAAGAUUGCUGAUGAGGAAUACUGCAAGGUUUGUAAGGAUGGAGGCGAUCUGCUGUGCUGCGACUCCUGCCCCUCUGUCUACCACGGGGCCUGCCUACGGCCACCUCUGAAAUCAAUUCCCAAGGGCGAUUGGUUCUGUCCGCGAUGCAUUUUCCUUCCGGGAAAACCCGAAAAAAUAUUGACAUGGCGAUGGUCAACCGAAGACACGUCUACUUUCAACGAAUACGAAGGAUCCGAGCCCCGCGAAUACUUUAUCAAAUGGCACAACAUGUCAUACUGGAACUGCGAGUGGAUUGCCGAAUGGAAACUGCUUGUCCUAUAUCCCAUGAUGGUACGUACCUUCCAGAGAAAGUCUGAUAUGGAAGAGCCGCCCAAGUUCGAGGAGUUUGAGGACGAGGAAGGCGACCUGCAGGAACGAUUUUACAGUAACGGUGUAAAGCCCGAAUGGCUCAUAGUCCACAGAGUGAUCAAACACACAAAGGAACCUGAUGGCAGCACCACAUACCUUGUAAAAUGGAGGGAAUUGGCCUACACUGAGUGCACAUGGGAGAAGGAAAACGAUGACAUCCAUAACUUGAAACAAGCCAUUGACUUAUACAAAGAUCUUCAUUCCAUCAAAAAGCGUCACAGAAAGCUCAAUCCCACUACAGACCUAAGCAAGAAGUAUGAAGACCAACCAGCAUUUCUGGAAGGAACUGGCUUGCAAUUGCAUCCCUUUCAGUUGGAAGGCGUCAGCUGGCUGCGCUACAGCUGGGGGCAAGGUAUCUCCACCAUCCUAGCCGACGAAAUGGGUCUGGGCAAGACCAUUCAGACGGUAGUUUUCCUUUACUCUCUGUUCAAAGAGGGCCAUUGUCGUGGCCCCUUCAUAAUAUCAGUGCCGCUUUCCACAGUUCCUAACUGGGAGCGGGAACUGUCACUAUGGGCUCCAGAGUUCAACUGCGUCACUUAUGUGGGUGAUAAGCCUUCCAGAUUGACUAUGCGUAGAAACGAGUUCACAUUUGAGAAGAUAACCAAAGGAUUUGUUCGGACUUCAGACACGACCAUGUUGAAAUUCAACGUGUUGCUCACCAGCUUCGAGAUAAUCAACUUGGACUUUCUUUUCCUAGGAAAAAUCCAAUGGGAGGUCCUGGUGGUGGAUGAGGCCCAUCGUCUGAAGAGCAACCAGAGCAAAUACUUCCGCACCUUGAACAGCUAUAUCAUUGCCUACAAGCUGCUGUUAACGGGAACUCCACUGCAAAACAAUCUCGUGGAGCUGUUUCACCUUCUGAAUUUCCUGAGCCCGAAAAAGUUUAAUGACCUACAGUCAUUCCAGGCGGAGUUCGACGACAUUUCGAAGGAAGAACAGAUAAAGCAUCUGCACGAAAUCUUGGGACCGCACAUGCUUCGCCGGUUGAAGACAGAUGUGCUAAAGAACAUGCCCUCCAAGUCCGAGUUUAUUGUGCGCGUGGAGUUGUCAGCCAUGCAAAAAAAGUACUACAAAUUCAUCCUGACCAAGAACUUCAAGGCGUUAAAUGCGAGCGCAACCUCUAGGUCCGUUUCCUUACUUAAUAUAAUGGUGGAUCUGCGAAAAUGCUGCAACCAUCCCUAUCUUUUUCCCUCGGCUGUCGAAGAGGCACCUAUUUCGCCUAAUGGCUUGUACGAGCUCAAUUCGUUGACCAAGGCCUCCGGAAAGAUGGUUCUGCUCUCCGAGAUGCUAAAACAGCUGAAGGCGCAAAACCACCGCGUCUUAAUAUUCUCACAGAUGACCAAGAUGCUUGAUAUUCUCGAGCACUUCCUCGAGGGUGAGAAUUACCAGUACGAACGAAUUGACGGCGGAAUCAGGGGAACAGUGCGUCAGGGAGCCAUUGAUAGAUUUAAUGCUCCUGGAUCGGAGCACUUUGUCUUCCUGCUUAGCACACGGGCAGGAGGAUUGGGUAUUAAUUUAGCCACAGCCGACACAGUCAUUAUGUACGACUCGGACUGGAAUCCGCAUAACGACAUUCAAGCUUUCUCCCGAGCCCAUCGUAUCGGUCAGACCAAAAAUGUUAUGAUAUAUAGAUUUGUGAAUCGCAGUUCCGUGGAGGAGCGCAUUAUGGAAGCAGCAAAACGCAAGAUGAUGCUCACCCAUCUCGUGGUGCGGCCGGUAGUAGGUGGUAAUGGCAUCAGUCUCACCCAGCAAGAGCUCGAGGAUAUAAUUCGAUUUGGCUCCGAGGAUCUUUUCAAGCAAGGCAAGGAGAAGGCUAUUCACUACGACGAGAAGGCGGUUGCCGUACUGCUGGACCGCUCCGAUCGAGGCGUUCAGGAGAAGGAGUCGUGGGCCAACGAGUACCUAUCGUCCUUUAAGGUGGCAUCUUACGACACUAAGGAAGAAAAUGAGGAGGAGGAUGCCCACAAACAGGAUGUGGAAAACCAGGACCCGGACAACUGGAGAACUCCUCAGCAAAAAAAGCGCCAGCAAUUCAGUGAGAUCUUAGAGAACAGCAUGGGAAAAGGCAAGCGAGUCCGAAAGCCAAUUAACUAUAAGGAACGUCUUCAUUUGUCUGCCCAGAAGACUAGCAACAACGACAGCGACUAUAUCCCGGAUGAUACAGUGUCGACCCCAUCUAAACUACUAUUUUAAGUAAAAUGUUAGGAACACCAUAUCGACUAUAACCAUGACCAAUAUCAGUACAAAAAAGAAAUGCAAAAGCUUGAUCGUAAAGAUGCUAUCGAAAAUAUUAUUUCCGUAUUACUAAAUGUAUAAAUAAAAAUCUUGUUUGAUCGUAUCAACUGACCGACUUGAUGUUAAAGUUUGAUCCUAAAGAAUAUAUUAUGUUUCCAUAUUACUAAAUGUAUAAAUAAGAAUCUUGUUUGAUUGUAUCCACUGGCCGACCAGUCAAGGUAAAGGGUUUGAGGGAUUUACUCUGUAUUAAUAAGUAAAUUGAAAGACCCGGAAUAUCCUUGAUUUUCUUUGUAGACAAGUUCGGAGGCACUUAGUCCGCCAAAACACAUUCACAUUCCAAAUUAAAUAAGUGCUUAAUUAUAUUGCCCAAAAUUAUGCAAUUUUAAAGGGAAGUACAUAGUAAAAAUUAAGACUACACUGGCCAUAUCAAAUCAGUCACAAGUGUCAGAAAGGAAAACGAUUUUCAACGCAACUCGCAGGAAAAUGUCUGGUGAAAUAAUUAAAUGUAAUUCAAUUAAAGGCAUUUUAUGCGUAAAAUUUUAUUAAAGCCUUGCAUUUGCAGUGUGGAGCAGAAAAGUCUCAAUGCCAGACAAACACAGUGGAUACACAGAAAGAUAAAUCAUGAAAACUAUUAAAAAUGUUGUCAACUUAAAGGUUAAAUAAUUUUGAAAUAAACGUAGCAAACUAAGAGCUAUUACUUCAUAUUAACUUAAUUUCAUAGCUAAAAAUACUUGCUUAAAAGUUCAAAAUUUAUGACCAAUAAAACUAAAGGACUGAAAAAUUGUUCAUUUCAGGCUUUGAAAAACUAA